GGCGUCUGAAAAUAAACAACCGGCACCCGUCCAUUUAGUUCGCGUGUUCUUUUUCGACAUGACGAAAAGUAGCAUUUUCCAAAAGUACUGUGAGAAAGCAAUUGGCACUUUAACGGAGGAAGAUGUCGAGAAAUUCAAAUCAACAACACGUGACGAGGAACGCAUUAGAAUGCUGUACGGUGUUGCCCAAGCGGUCCCAAUCACGCCGAUUAACAACGGCAAGGACCUCAAACAAGCCCAGGAGGCGAAAAUCAGCGGAAACAAACUGUUCGCCGCCAAAAAAUACGAAGAAGCUUUGCAUGCGUACAAUGAGGGGAUAGUUGUUUGUCCGCAGGACACAGACGACGGUAGGGAAUUGCUGACAAUUUUGAUUUCCAAUCGCAGCGCAGUUUUUUUCGAACAGGAACACUUCCGGAAGGUUUUCGACGAUAUUGAUUACGUUAUCGCCGUCGGUAAUUACCCCCCGAAACUGCACUAUAAAAUUUGGUUGAGGAAAGCCAAAUGUUACGACGCGUUGCAGAAUGAGAAAUACGCGGAGGAGACUUAUAAUUUAGCCAUCUCGAGCUUGAAACAUGCCGAGCUUGACGAAAAAAGCCGCGAGAAAAAAAUCGCAGAAAUACAAGAGUCACGCAAGAAGAAGAGGAAAGCGUGUCCAGACAAAAACCAAAUUAUCCCAAUUUCCAACGCGGAUCUUUUCGCGAACGGGAACAGGGAGUAUGUGGCCGCACAUAAGAACGUUUAUUUCGAUUUUGACCCAAUCUUGGGGCGGUUUGCACGCGCCUUGGAGGAUUUUGACACGGGUGUUAUAAUUGUCGAGGAAACUCCGCACUGUGCUGUCAUUUCCCAGGAAAAUGCCUUAAUGAAUUGCCAGUUUUGUUGUAUUUCCACGCAACAGCCCGUUGCGUGUCGUAAUUGCGGUCACGCGGUUUUUUGCAGUCUCAAUUGCGAAAGACAAGCGAAUUUAACUUUUCACAAAUACGAGUGUAAAGCUCAACCGGUGUUGUUUCACGCCGGAGCCUCGAUCAAUUGCGCGAUGGCUCUGCGGAUGAUCUCGCAGAAGCCGCACGGGUUUUUCCAACAAAAGAAAAAGCUGCUGAAGGAUUUUUUGAAAGACAAUUGCAAGAAAGUGCCAAUCAAGAGUCAGAUCUAUCGAUCGGAUGAUUAUAAUGCCGCGUUUUUCCUCUGUCGGAAUGAACACUUGAGGAAAAAAGGGGAAUUGGUGCAUUAUUCCGUAAUGGCGAUUUAUUUGUUGCGGCUUUUGAAAUUCUCGGGCUAUUUUGGGGGGAAUAUCAAGGAUGAUGUUGUCACAGAAGAAGAGGUUUUUAUUGCGAGUUUAAUUCUACGACACUUGCAAAUUCUUCAAUUUAACUCGCACGAAAUAUCCGAGCUUAGAAAUUUGAACGAAGAAAUGGUAACUAACGGAAUACAGUGUCACUACAAGAGCGAAUACAUAGGAGCUGGGUUGUACCCAACUUUGGCACUUUUUAACCACUCCUGUGACCCAAGUAUAGUUAGGUAUAACAUAGGGAAUCGAAUGAUUGUACGCACAAUAAAGCCAAUCAAAGCCGGAGAGAUAAUUUACGAAAACUAUGGCCCUUUGUACACUUCCAUGGACGCAGACGAAAGGAGAGUAACCCUCCAAAAUCGCUAUUGGUUUGAAUGUUACUGCACUCCUUGCCAACAAGAAUGGCCGCUCUUCGAAUAUAUGGACCCUAAUCAGAUCAAAAUCGGGUGCCAAAAAGAAAAUUGCCCAUUCGAAUUCACUUUAUACAAAGACGACUUAUGUCCUUACUUCCAGUGUGACUAUUGCGACGGUGUCACUAAAAUUUUCCCUUCCUUGAAAGGUCUUUCACAACUGGCAAUAAUGUUACCAAAAGCUGAAGAUUUAUACAGUGCUGGUGAAACACGUGAAGCUAUGAAGCUUUUUAUGCAAUCCUUGGACAUACUGUAUAAAUAUUCAAGACCUCCGUGUCCCGACAUGAUAAAGGUUCAGCAACGUUUGAAGACACUUUUCGUCCAUUUGGGGAACAAACAAUAUAAUUAUGUACAAAAAUUGUAAUUAAGCGAAUAAAGUUAUCAGUUUCUCAA